AUGCAUUCGAAAGGAAACGACGUGGCAUCAAAACGCCGCCGCAUCUCCAGAAAAACGGCGGCAUCAGCAGUAUCAGACUCAAAAUCACAUCCAAGGGCUUUUUCUUUAAAGAUGGUCCUCUACGUGGCUGACUUCAUGCGCUUCCAAGACUACAAUAGAUUCAUUAUGUCUCUUUAUCCGAAUAACGACAUGAGCGAUCCCAUUCGGAAUAAAUUGUGGGAGCUCUCUACUUACCGGAUCGAAACCAUGUUCAUCAGAGGGAGGCCACUGAUGAUGGAGUACAACUUCGACCCCACGAGACCAAAAUCCCAUCGCAUACUGAUGAACGUGGAUUCUUUGAUACCUAUUCUUGGCGGGCUCGUGUUUCCGAACAUGAAAAAAUUUGCAGGGAUUUCAGAGAUAACGGAUUUCGUCAAAAUGCACACACAUUUGAAUGAGUGGUCGGGAGGUCGAUUCGCUGCCUGCGCGUGUCACUCGACUAACGAGAACGGCCGAGGUUUGGGAACCUCUGAAAAGCCUCUAACAGAUGCGUGCCCGUAUGGACACUAUCAUCAUUACUGUUCGCAUAUCGUUGCAAGCUGGUUGAACGUUUUCGAGAUUCACAUGGUGGUACUGCAAGAACACCGGCAUAAUUCCAACGAUCAACGCGCUUGGCGCUACGUACUUUCUGCGGAAGAAUCUGUUGACGCUCAGAGGGUCGAAAUGCAGCGUAACGAGUCCGUACUCUACGGAAUGCUCUCAUAG